AUGGCAUACCCUCAGCAACGAAUGCCUCCCCCACGAGGUCCGCCCUCCGCACCUGGCUCCCGAUCGCAGGCACCUGGAGGUUAUGGACAAGGAGGACCAUAUGGUUAUGAUGGUUAUGGAGGAGGCGGUCCUGAUGGCAGCGGCGGACCACGUCCAGGACAACCGAGAUCACGUCCUCCACCCUCUCGUGGAGGAUAUGGAGGACCUGGUGGCCCACCACCACCUGGAUCCUCAAGCCGAUCUCGAGGAGGAGGAGGAUAUGGGAGAGUACCUCCUCCAGGUGCAGGACGAGGACUGCCGCCUGGCAGCCGCGGACCACCACCGCGAGGUGCUCCUAUGGGCCGACCUCCACCUCAACGCAGACCACCCCCAGGCGAUCCUUACGGAUACUCGCCAAACGGUCCUCCAUCGCAACGUAGAGGAUCAGAUGAGCAGGGCUUGGCACGACAGAUGGGAGAUAUGAGUAUUGCUUCACCUCCAACUCGGCCACACACGUCAAAUUCUUCCCGCGCGCCUAGAGGACCGCCCAACGGCGACCCCUAUUAUUCAGAUCCGAGCCAACCGGAUAGCGAUUAUGGUUUUGCCCCUCCUCAGCGAUCAUAUACGAUGGGAAACGCACCUCCACCUAUCAAAAUACCCCAAAGGAGUAUGACCACACCGAACUCAAGCUCUCCUUACGCCCCUCCUUUACGAUCGCCGAAAUAUCCAGGCCAGAGUACAUAUGCAGAUCCUUCGACAGAAUAUACAGAACAAGAACCCGCUGCGGGCAAUCUGCUAGUACCCAAUUCGUCCCGUGGCGACGAGCUGAAAUACAAAACGUUUAGUACCUAUGUACAUCACAAUGUUUUUGCUGACUACUUUGCAGAACAAGAUGGGGAAGAGGGGGGGGAAGGAGCAGGAGCGGGUGCACAGACGAUCAAGGAAGAGGAUGAUGAGCUAGAUAUGCCGAACUUUGAUGCCAUGCCAGCAUCUGAGCCUGUGCACCGCCGCAACGAAAGCUUCGAGAAUUCCUUGUCGUCGGAGAAAAAGCCUGGUGGUUCAUACGCCCCCUACAAACCUACAACUGCAACGGAACAUACAAAUCAAUUCGCAGAUGCCGGCUUCCAAUUUGACUUGCCUGGCGAUCCUUCAGCUAAUGGCAUGCAUAACGGUUAUAAUGGCAAUUUCGACGGCUCGGAAAGGACACCAUCUAUGGGAUCAUAUAACGCAUACCCUACCGGUAGUUCAGAGUCUCAAAACCCGGACGCUCUUCCUGCUCAUCCAUUGCCAUAUCGCGCCGGCUUGGACCAAGCGCCUGGAGACCGACCCGCGCCAGUGCGACAAUAUGGCGGGCCACCUCCACAAGAUGAUGCGCCACAACCAGCACCAUCUGUGCCACCUCCAGGAGGCCCUACCGGCCGACCAACAUCUCCACCGGUCACACAGACGGAACUUGAAAGGCUACAGAUAAUCGUUCGACGCAACCCUGACGAUUACAAGACCGCACUCAAACUCGCGAAGAAGUACGUUGAAGCCUCAACGCUACUGAUUGGUGAUGAAAGCAAAGUCGACCCGAGGACUCGGGCUAGAAAUAAGGAUAAAUUCAUUCAUGAUGCGUAUAAAAUUGUGAAGAGAUUAGUCAAUGACUCCUUCCCGGACGCGAUGUUCUACAUGGCAGAUAGUUAUGGACAUGGUGGGUUAGGGUUGCAAGCUGAUCCAAAGGAGGCGUUCCAACUAUAUCAAUCAGCUGCCAAAGCGGGACACGCUGAAUCGGCUUAUCGAACGGCUGUGUGCUGUGAACUUGGUCAAGAAGAGGGAGGUGGAACCAGAAGGGAUGCUCUGAAAGCGGUACAAUGGUAUCGACGUGCAGCAGCACUUGGGAACACACCUGCAAUGUACAAAAUGGGAAUCAUUCUUCUGAAGGGAUUACUUGGACAACAAAAGAACCCCCGUGAAGCCGUGACGUGGCUCAAACGCGCAGCUGACGGAGCUGACGAAGAAAACCCGCACGCAUUACAUGAAUUGGGUCUCAUGUACGAGAGCACAGCUCCAUCGGAUUUCAUCAUUCGAGAUGAGGCCUAUGCUCGCGAGCUGUUCACACAAGCCGCUGAAUUAGGCUACAAAUUCUCACAAUACCGCCUGGGUGCGGCCUACGAGCAGGGACUAAUGGGGUUGCCGAUUGAUGCGCGCAUGAGCAUUAUAUGGUACACCCGCGCUGCGGCUCAAGGUGAACAUCAAUCUGAACUGGCACUGAGUGGAUGGUAUUUGACCGGCGCCGAUGGUAUUCUGCAACAAAGCGAUACCGAAGCCUACCUAUGGGCUCGCAAAGCUGCAGCCGCAGGAUUAGCAAAAGCUGAGUAUGCAAUGGGAUAUUUCACCGAAGUCGGAAUUGGCGUUCCGUCAAACUUGGAGGAUGCGCAGCGGUGGUAUUGGCGAGCUGCUUCGCAAAACUUCAACAAAGCCCGCGAACGCCUUGAAGAACUCAAAAAGGGAAGUGGCCGCAUGCAAAAGACGCGCGUGUCACGAUCAGCUGUUGCGCAACAACAGCAGCAGGGAGGUGAUUGUAUUGUUAUGUAG